CUAAACGUAAUUCUAUUUGUUCAAUUGCAAUUCUCAUGAAAUGAUUUGUACCGAAUCAAUAUCGUGUAGUCGUAUAGAGUUGAAUGUUAAAUGUUAAAGAGCACAUUCAUUUCAACGAACAAUUUUUUCUCAUUGUUCACGGAAUUUCUUGAUCUUGCAGCAAUCUCGAUUCUUAUUGCACAACGAUAUAUUAUAUACGACUCCUUUCAAUUUUUAUUACCCUCUCGUGGAUUGUUUGAUUGAUAGUAGCGAUCGCAAUAUCGGUGCAUCAUGAAUACCGAAACAUCGGUAUAUCGUACCACUUUAAAGGUAUUAUUUCGUUUCGGUACCCCAAUCGCUUGACCAGCACUUCACCUACGCCUGCGCUAAACGUAAAUUCGAAUAAAGCAAAACCCGUGGGGUAGCUUGACCCUUGGUCAACCCUCGGACCAGAGACAGUCUAGCCGGUACCGUACAUCGCGAUGCUCUUUACGCAACAAUUGACGUCGUUACCAUGUCUCGCUAAAUAUAAAAAGUCUCGGGCGCCGAGCAAAGCCAUGGAGCGUUACGAACGUCUGGCGCGUCUCGGCGAGGGUAGCUACGGCGUCGUCUUCCAGUGUAGGGAUCGACAAACUGGAAAUUUGGUAGCUGUAAAAAAGUUUCAGCAAACCGAGGAUGAUCCUCUAAUACGCAAGAUCGCACUACGGGAGAUACGUCUUUUGAAGAAUCUCAAGCAUCCAAAUUUGGUCAAUCUUCUGGAAGUGUUCAGACGGAAGAGGAAAUUGCACUUGGUAUUUGAAUAUUGCGAAAACACCCUUCUAAAUGAAAUGGAAAAGUAUCCUAGCGGUUGCCCGGAUCUCACUACGAGACAAAUUACUUGGCAAAUUCUGCAAGGUGUCGCCUAUUGCCACCGUCUUGGAUGCGUUCACAGAGAUGUGAAACCAGAGAACAUUCUCAUUACCUCCGAAGGCGUAGUAAAAUUAUGCGAUUUUGGAUUCGCGCGUAUGCUCAGUCCUGGAGAGAACUAUACGGAAUAUGUCGCAACCAGAUGGUACAGAGCACCAGAAUUGCUGGUCGGGGACACACAAUACGGCACUCCAGUCGAUGUGUGGGCAAUUGGUUGCGUAUUUGCUGAAUUGAUACGCGGUGAAGCCUUAUGGCCCGGAAAAUCAGAUGUAGAUCAGUUGUACUUAAUAAGAAGGACGCUGGGCGAUCUUUUACCGAGACACAUGGCAAUCUUUCAACAGAACGAAUUCUUUCACGGUAUCACUCUUCCAACGCCACAAACACUCACGCCUCUUGAAGAUGCUCUACCCCGUGGAAAUGGUAAUACUUUACAGCUGGAUUUCUUGAAAAAGUGUUUGGAUAAAGAUCCAAAUGAAAGGUGGACAUGCGAACAGUUGUUGCGGCAUUCUUAUUUCGAUAAUUUUCAUUUUAAAAUGCCGGACGUCGAGACGGAAGAGUUUGAGAAACUUAAAAAGUAUCGGGAACGUUCUAGGAAUACCAAUUAUAGUCAAAUGGUAUUACCCCAAUUACCUAAGGCUGGUCCUUCUGUUCAUAGCCAAAGUGAAAAUCGGCCGAAGAGCUCCUCUAUACAUCAGCAAAAUUUUGACCAUCUACCUACCAUAAGAGGUUGAUUAAUCUCCUCUGUGAUUGUAUAUAUAUUUUCCUAAUCUUUUUGAGAAUAUUCACGUUAAUUUAUAGAAUUAUUGUUAUUACCUUCUUUUUUAAUUUGUACUAGCACAUUGUUUUUCUAUAGAAUUUUCUUUAGAUUUUUAUUCAUACAUAUUAUAGAGAAAAGUAAACGCGUGCAAUUCAUAUGUACAUCUCUUACAAUAAAAGUUUUAUAUAAAACA